AUGGCACCUGACUUGGUCGAUAUCAGCCACGACAGGCUUGACGCAAUCAUCGAGAAGACGCUUGUAGUCGGUAUUGACAUAAUGUCGGUGAACAAGUGGGAGUUAUGCAACGGGUGCGCGCCCGGCAAGCAAACACGUUCAAAAUUCCAGUUGAAUACAGCUGAGCGUGCCAAAGCAGUGCUUGAAUUCGUUCACAGCGAUGUGUGCGGACCAAUGCAGACGGCGACAUUCUCCAACAAACGCUAUUUUGUAACGUUUAUCGACGACAAAUCUCGGUUCAGCGUGGUGUUCUUGCUUCGCAGUAAGUCCGAAAUGCUGGACAAGCUCGUGCUGUGUAUCAAGUUUGCCGAGAUCCAGGCCGGCAAACAUGUAGAGGCGAUUCGAAGCGACAACGGAGGCGAGUAA